ACCGGGUCGGCAGCCUCGCAACUCGCAACUGGAGAAAAGGCACCCCGUCACCAUUCCGCGGCUGUGCGAAUGUGCCAUUAUCCCGUGAGUACAAAGCUUCCGGAACACUGAUGACAGAAACCUCCAAUGCCACAUGACGGAUCAAACAACCUGCUGUGUGUGGCAGCACGCCAAGACGGCGCGAAGGGCACUACUGGAUGCGCGUGAUCGCCUGUCGCGAUAGGAUCGGCAUGACAAUCAUUAGGAGUGGCACUGACAACCUGGGGGAAGUUAUAAUGUCCUAUAUGAGGCAGAAAGUAAAUGAAUGUCUAUCUAAAACAAAUGCUAAAUCAUACAUCAUGUAAGCAUUUUUGUCUUAACCUCGCAAUUUUUGGCCAAUGACAAAUGAUGGGUUGCAAUAUUUCCAAGUGUCAGUGUCUACAGUAAUUUUGAAUUAUCAUAACCUACGGAGCCAUAUGUAACUAUUAGUGGUCCUGUUAGAUGUUACCAUCAGAGACACUGAAUUGUGUAAUCAAAUCGAUAAAAAUGGAAGCAAAAUCAACCGGAGGAUUCAUAUCCCGGGCAUGAAUGCUUUCGUCCUACUUUCCGUUACAUUUGCAUGAUCCCCAUUCGUCGUCCCCUUCCCUCCACCCUUCCCCAACCGAGCAGCCUGCCCGCCUCCGCCCCUCCGCAAUAUAACCACCCCGACCACCGCGCCGCACACUCCAGUGGCGACUCCGCUAGUCCGCUCCUCCCAGUCGCGCGCACGCACAACAUGAUCCAACCAUCAACAAUGCCUCCUCCGGCCCGCCUCCUCCCCCUCCUCGUCCUCCUCCUCAUCCAUCUCCCCUCCUCCCUCUCCUCCCGCCACCACCACCACCGCAGUACCCCGUCCCCGUCGCCCGCCGCGGCACCGGCGUCCUCCGUCUCGGCGCCGCUCGCCGUCCUCCUGGCCUGCAACGCCACCCGCUUCCAGCCGGCCUGCGUCUCCACUCUCUCCGGCGCCGGCUCCGACGCCUCCGCCUCCGACCUCCUCGGCGCCACGCUGUCCGCGCUCCGCGCCCGCAUCCCGCCCGCCGUCUCCACGGCCAAGUCCGUCCUCGCCGCCUCCUCCAACGUGAACCUCUCCAACGCCGCCACCAACUGCCUCACCUUCCUAUCCCUCUCCUCCCGCCGCCUCGCGCCCUCCCCCUCGCCGCCGCUGCUCUCCGCCUCCACCGCGCUGCUCCACCUCUACGACUGCUGGUCCGCGUACAAGUACGUCAACUUCUCCCACACCAUCUCCGACGCCAUGGCCUACCUCCACGACACCAUCGCCGUCAACAGCAACUACAUCUCCAUGCUCGCCGCGCGGCAGCGGUACGGCGACGAGACCUCCCGCUGGCGCCCGCCGCAGACGGAGCGCGACGGGUACUGGCCGCCCGCCGCGGCCGCGUCGAAGGAGGCGGAGCCCGACGUCGACGCGCUCGGGGUGCCGCGAGGGCUGGCCGCGAACGCGACGGUGUGCGCCGCGGGGUGCGACUACAAGACGGUGCGCGAGGCGGUGGCGGCCGCGCCGGACUACGGCGAGGGGCCGUUCGUGGUGCGCGUGAAGGAGGGGGUGUACAGGGAGACCGUGAGCGUGCCGUGGGAGAAGACGAACGUGGUGCUCGUUGGCGACGGCAUGGGGAAGACGGUAAUCACCGGCGACCUCAACGCCGACACGCCCGGCGUGUCCACCUUCAACACGGCCACCGUAGGCGUGCUGGCGGACGGCUUCAUGGCGCGCGACCUGACGAUCUCCAACACGGCGGGCCCCGACGCGCACCAGGCGGUGGCGUUCCGCUCCACGGGCGACCGCACGGUGCUGGACGGCGUGGAGCUGCUGGGCCACCAGGACACACUGUACGCGCACGCCAUGCGCCACUUCUACACCCGCUGCCGCGUCGCCGGCACCGUCGACUUCGUCUUCGGCAACUCCGCCGCGGUGCUCCACGCCACCGCCCUCCUCGUCCUGCCCCGGCAGCUGCGCCCCGACAAGGGGGAGAAAGACGCCGUCACGGCGCAGGGCCGCACCGACCCGGCGCAGCCCACGGGGAUCGUGCUCAGCGGCUGCGCCGUCAACGGCAGCGACGAGUACAUGGAGCUCUACCGCCGGAAGCCCGACGCGCACCGCGUCUACCUGGGCCGGCCGUGGAAGGAGUACUCCCGGACGGUGUACCUUCGGUGCACGCUCGCGGAGAUCGUGCAGCCGCAGGGGUGGAUGCCCUGGGACGGGGACUUCGCGCUCGACACGCUCUACUACGGCGAGUUCGGCAGCGCCGGGCCCGGCGCCGCCGCCGCCGGCCGGAGGGUGGCGUGGAGCAGCCAGGUGCCCGAGGACCACGUCGACGCGUACAGCGUCGCCAACUUCAUCCAGGGCCACGAGUGGAUACCCAAAGCGUAGUACACUAGUAGUAAUGCCUGUAGAGAAUGAGAAUGUAUGGUGAACAGUCGUGUCGAGCAACUGGCAUGCCACCACUGACGUUGAGCACUGCAGUUAUAAGAGCAGGUGAAAGAACAAGAAUAAAACCUGCUGUGAUCGA